CUGAAAGGAUCAGGAGAAAGCAGCAAGCUUAUUAGAGCAAAGGGAGGAGCCUCCGUUGAUUUCCCAUUCACUAGCUAGUCGUGUUCUACUUCGUGGCAAAUUCCGCGCGAACUGUCUCCAUCAACCUCCUUGUAUUAGGCUCAUAAACUUCUCUUGUAACAAAAAAAAAAAAAAUUUCCCGUGCAACCUGUGAUUGUAGCAUUGAGAGCUGGGAUUAGUUGAUAUUGAGACAGCGAAAAUAUCGAGUGUAUAGCUUAAUUAUAUCCGGUGCUGCAAAAUGAUAAAGUUACUCACGUUCUUGCUUCUACUCAUUGGUGCAAUCGAAAUCGCGGAGGGGAGGAUUCGCCACUACAAAUGGGACGUGAAGUAUGAAUACAAAUCUCCAGACUGCGUGAAGAAACUCGCCAUCACCAUCAAUGGCCGAUCGCCAGGACCAACUAUUUUGGCCCAGCAAGGCGACACCAUCAUCGUUGAGCUCACGAACAGUCUAGGGAUGGAGAAUUUGGCGAUCCAUUGGCAUGGAAUUAGACAGAUAGGGACGCCGUGGAGCGAUGGAACUGAGGGUGUCACCCAAUGCCCGAUUCUUCCCGGUGACACUUUCUCGUAUCGGUUCGUUGUUGACAGACCGGGGACGUACAUGUACCAUGCCCACUAUGGGAUGCAGAGACAAGCCGGCUUGUAUGGAUCCAUUCGAGUUUCUGUCCCUGAUGGAGUCUCGGAACCAUUUGCUUAUGACUACGACCGGAGCAUAAUACUCAAUGACUGGUACCACAAGAGCACUUACGAGCAGGCUGCUGGCUUAUCCUCCGAUCCUUUCGUGUGGGUUGGAGAACCUCAGUCGCUUCUGAUUCAAGGCAAAGGAAGGUUCAACUGCUCAAAAUUGACCACGCUGAACUUGGAACCGGGCGUCUGCAAUGCAACCAAUCCCGAAUGCUCGCCAUAUACGCUAACAGUUGUCCCUGGAAAGACGUAUCGGCUAAGACUUACAAGCAUCACUGCUUUAUCAGCUCUAAGCUUCCAAAUUGAGGGACACAACAUGACAGUGGUCGAGGCAGAUGGACACUAUGUGGAGCCAUUCACGGUGAAGAACAUCUUCAUCUACUCUGGAGAGACCUAUUCGAUUCUAGUGAAAGCCGAGCAGGACCCAUCCCGGAACUACUGGAUGACAACCUCAGUGGUCAGCCGUAACUCCACAACCCCGCCCGGGCUGGCUCACUUCAACUACUACCCUAACCACCCACAGAGAUCGCCACCGACUGAUCCACCUGCAGGCCCUCUGUGGGAUGCAGUAGAACCGAGACUGGCCCAGAGCCUUGCCAUUAAAGCUCGCCAAGGUUACAUCUACCCUCCUCCGGCCACUUCCGACAGGAUCAUCGUGUUCCUCAACACACAGAAUAAGAUCGAUGGUUAUACCCGGUGGUCGGUGAACAACGUGUCAUUCACGUUACCUGAGACGCCAUACUUGAUUGCCCUCAAAGAAAGCCGAGGCAAUGCGCAGCACCUCUUUGACCAGAAGCCACCACCAGAAGGCUACAACUUCACGAGCUAUGACAUCUACAGCGUUGCGAACAACACGAAUGCCACCAAGUCCGACUCUAUAUAUCGAUUGAAAUUUAACACGACGGUGGACAUAAUCCUGCAGAAUGCCAACACCUUGACCAACAACAACAGUGAAACCCACCCAUGGCACCUCCAUGGACACGACUUCUGGGUCCUCGGAUACGGAGAGGGCAAGUUUGAUAUCAACUCGGACCCGGCCAGGUAUAAUCUGGUUGACCCAAUAAUGAAGAACACGGUCCCGGUUCACCGAUACGGGUGGACCGCCCUGAGAUUUGUGGCAGAUAACCCCGGUGCCUGGGCUUUCCAUUGCCACAUUGAAUCGCAUUUGUACAUGGGCAUGGGCGUGGUGUUUGAAGAAGGCAUCGAGAAAGUCGGGAAGUUACCCUCGCAGAACAUGGGAUGCGGUAUCACGAAAGGGUUCUGGAAGCCAUAGUCGGGGACAGCAAAAUUCAUCCCAAUCAGAUCGAAGAAUAUUUGAAUUGCGGGAAGGAAAGAGAUCACUAAUCGACUAAGCGAGGGAAGUAGGGAGUGCGAACUCACAAUGUUGGCAAUCAGUUAUUUGGGGGAGGGAUCGUCUCAUGUUUGUGGAUGCAUACUCUCCAAGAGAGUGUAGCCAUCAUCUAAAUUAACACGACCCGAUCCAACCGGUAACCAUCAUCGAUAUUGACCAUGUCUAGGUUUAGGGAAGCGCGAUUUGCAAAUAUUGGUAUCCAUUCAUUCACGUGUUUAUCUAUAUCAAGUAAACACGGUCAUGUAAUAUUUUAUUGUACAAUUGAUAUUUGUGUAGUGUUACAAACACGGAAAUGAUGUUUUUGCUCUAAUUAAUUUCA